ACAAGGAUGGUUAUCCCUCUGCUCUUUCAAAGGAAUAACUAACUCCUUAAGAUAUACCAUUUUCAAUUCUCUCAUUCUCUCUCUCUCUCUCUCUCUCUCUCUCUCUCUCUACACACCUGAGGAGAAGAAGGGGAGCGAUGCACCUAGAUUGUCCAAUCUGGAGAGACAAAUUAAAAGCUGCAAUAAUUUGAGGGAAACCCAACAAGACCAUGACAAUCUCAAUGGAAGAAACCCAAGAGAUACUGGAAACAACAGGUCCUUUCGAUGGAAAGGGAAGCCCCGAAACAGAGUCUUUGGAUGGAAAGGAAAGCCUAGAAACAGAGUCUUAUGAUGAGAAGGAAAAACAGGAGGAGGAUAGCGAUGACCAGUCUUCGCCAAGAGGCGUUUUGGAGAUUCCUAUUUCGGGUUCAGACUCUGACAAUAGCAGUUGUGGCACGUCGGCGACAGAGAAAUCUACGGUUCACCGAGCUCUGUUUGGAGAGAAUAAUGGGUUGCAUUGGAGGAAUUUGAUUGACAACAUAAAGUGGAAGUCGAUGAGGCGGUUCUCCACAAUUCCAUUGUUGGGAGGGUAUGAGAUUUCCAGGAAGAAUUUGAGAAGGAAGUUGGGUUUGAGUCCGGGUAUCGAUGAUGAAAGCGAUUGUGGCGAUAUAGUGGUGCCUAAACCAUCUUGGAGGAACUUCACUAAAAAGGAGCUUGCAGACGCUACUGAUAAUUUCAGCCCUGAGAAGUUGAUUGGAGAAGGGGGUCAUGCUGAAGUGUACAAAGGGUGCUUAUCUGAUGGCCUAGUUGUCGCAGUGAAGCGAAUAACAAAGAAAGAGAAAAACGAUGAGGAUAGAGUUGGUGAUUUCUUGUCAGAGCUUGGGAUUAUCGCUCACAUCAACCACCCCAAUGCUGCUAAAUUGAUUGGUUUCGGCGUUGAUGGCGGUUUGCACCUUGUCCUUCAAUUUUCUCCCCAUGGCAGCCUAGCUUCUGUCCUCCAUGGUGCAACAGAGAAACUGGAUUGGAAGAGAAGGUUUAAAGUUGCUCUUGGGGUAGCGGAAGGAUUGCAGUAUCUUCAUUGUGAAUGCCAGAGGCGCAUAAUCCACAGAGACAUCACUGCCUCAAACAUACUACUCACUGAAGACUAUGAACCUCAGAUAUCUGACUUUGGGCUAGCAAAAUGGCUCCCAGAAAAAUGGGUUCACCAUGUUGUUAAUUCAAUUUUGAAUGGGUUCAGAUACAUGGCUCCAGAGUAUUUCAUGCAUGGAAUUGUGGAUGAGAAGACUGACGUAUUUGCAUUUGGGGUUCUAUUACUAGAACUUAUAACCGGUCGUCACGCAGUUGAUUCAUGUCGACAAAGCCUUGUGAUGUGGGCAAAACCGUUGUUGGAAGAAAACAAUGUAAAUGACCUUGCAGAUCCUAGUUUGAGAGAUGCUUACGACAAUGGCGAAAUGAAACGUGUCAUGUCAAUAGCAUUGGCGUGCAUUCAUCACUUACCCAGUACACGCCCAAACAUGAACCGGGUUGUGCAGCUAUUGAGAGGUGAGGGGGGACAAGUAGAGUUGAAACAAAGGUCUAUGGUAGGAGGGAGAGCAAUGGUUUUGGAUGAUUCUGACUUGGAAGACUAUACUUCUGCAAGUUACCUCAGUGACCUCGACCGCCAUAGGCAACUUCUUUUGGAGUAGAUAUAAUAUAAUAUAUGGUUAAUCAAUCUCUAACUUCUUUGCUAUUAUAGAGAAGGUGGAGAAGUUUAUCUCAUCUUCAACAAAAAAGAAAAGAUAAAGAAAAAAGAAGAGUGUGGAAUUUGAGCAUGGUGUAGUCCCUUGAUGUACGGAUUUGAUGGAAAGAAAAUAAUAUUCACCAACUAAUAUAUUGUAACAAUCAAGCAUCCAACCUAGGGUUUCUAUACCUGUUUCUAAUGUUCUACCCUAUUUUUCUUUAUGUGCUGUAUUAAUGUGCGGUGAUGGUUCUCAAAAAUAAAAUUGUAUGCAAAACGGUC